AUGGGAGACUACGGCUCCACAGUCCCACCCCUCCGCUCCACCCCUGUGGGCAAUCCUUCCCACCUUCCGCCAGUCCCCAACGAGAUCUCCGUGCUGGUGACAGGGUUUGGUCCCUUUAAAACCAACCUGGUCAAUGCUUCCUAUCUGAUCGCCUCUUCCCUACCGGCUUCGUUCGCCUUCCCCUCACCAGACGAGACAAACCCCGCAACUAGCGACGGCGAUCGCCGCGUUUCUAUCCACGUGCAUCCGUCCCCAAUCCCCGUCGCCUAUGCGACCGUGCGUGAAACCCUUCCCGUGAUCCUAGAGCAGUAUGCCGCCACCCAUGGUGGAAAGCGGCCCGAUCUAGUGGUUCACAUUGGGAUAGCAUCGCCCCGUCCGUAUUAUUCGGUCGAGUCGCAGGCGCACCGCGAUGACUAUAUCAUCACCGACAUCGAGGGUCGAAAUGGAUUCGAGGAUGGUGAGAGGCGCUGGAAGGAAAUGGGGUUGCCGGCGAUCCUCCGCCCAGGCUUAGUCGCGCACGAUGAGCAGCAUCAGAAUAAUGCACCAGCUGCUAGUACUUCCGCAUCAAUGAGUACACCCUAUCCUCCCGAUAACAAUUUCCUAAAAACAUGGAAAUCCCUGGCUCCCGCAGAUCUAGAUCUCCGGGUCUCGCAGGACCCAGGUCGGUACCUUUGCGACUUUAUCUUCUAUACGAGUAUGUCCUUGGCCCUGCUGGCGGGUCAAGACCGCAACGUGCUCUUCCUUCAUGUCCCUGGAGCCUCGGAAGACGCCGAUAUCGAACGUGGAAAGAAGGUCGCCCUGGCACUCAUUAAGACCAUGGUGACCUGCUGGAUCGACGAAAAGCAUGUCGCCUGA